CUCCGUACGAACGAAAGCCAGAAUAUAUACGAUUUCACUGCGCUAAGUUUGACUGAGACCAAUUAUCACCAGCUCCAAUCCUUGUAUACCAAUUUCGCUGGUCGUGGUCUUCGUAUUCUGGCUUUUCCGUGCAAUCAAUUUGGAGGUCAAGAACCGGGCACAGAUGCAGAAAUUAAGGAGCGUAUUCUGAACAAGUUCAAUGUGACGUUUGAUUUGUUUGCCAAAGUUGAUGUGAAUGGUGAGAAUGCAAUACCGUUGUACGAAUUCUUGAAAUCGAAAAUUUCCGGACCGUUCUAUUACAAGUAA